AUGACUAUCGCAGAUUCUAUUCCUAUAUGGCUAGAUUGUGAUCCAGGUAAUGACGAUGCUUUUGCCAUUUUGUUAGCCGCAUUUCACCCAAAAUUUAAUUUGCUUGGUAUAUCUACGGUAUAUGGAAAUGCCCCAAAUUCAAGUACAACUCACAAUGCAUUAGCAUUAUUAGAUGUUUUAGGGGCCGAGCAAGAUCAAAUAAAGGUUUACUCCGGGGAAAAUAAACCAUUAGUUAAGCCUGUUAAAUUUGCACCAGAAAUACAUGGGCCAACCGGUAUUGGUGGGGCCAAGUUACCUAAGACACCUAGAAUUAAAGAGUCGACAGAUCAGACAUACUUGCAAGCCAUGAGAUCAGCUAUUUUGGAGCACGCAGGAAAAAUAUGUGUCAUUUGUACUGGGACUUUGACCAAUAUGGCUAUUUUGAUAGAAACCUACCCAGAAGUGAAAUCUAAGAUUAGGUUUGUGUCUAUUAUGGGUGGUGCGUUGAAUAAGGGUAAUGCUACUAAAUACGCCGAGUUUAACGUUCAUUGUGAUCCACUCGCGGCUGCUAAUGUCUUGAAUGAUGAAGAGCUAAGUGGCAAAACGAUAUUGACUGGAUUGAAUAUUACACACAAGGCAAUCGCUACUAUGGAAGUCAGGAGGAACAUAUACGACGAAACAAAUCCAAAAAAGGACUCUCAUGUGAGAAAAUUGUUCUACGAUAUUGCAAUGUUCUAUGCGGAAUCAUAUCGUGUUCAACAUAAUAUAACCCUUGGUCCACCAAUUCAUGAUCCGUUAGCGGUUUUCCUUAUUCUUGCAUUAGUAAAUAAGCAAGAAGACUUGGCAGAUGACGUUGAUUUCAAAUAUAUCAAAAGAAAAUUGAAGGUUAUCCAGGAGGGUGAACGCGAGGGAGAGACGCAAAUAGCUAAUGGGGACCUCGAUGAGCUGAAGGAGGAGGAAAAUGGGGUUUAUGUCGGCUUGAAUGUUAACGUGGAAUUAUUCUGGAGUUACGUCUUAAAAGCACUUGAUAAUGCCGAGCAUCAUGUAGCUAACUACAACCAAAAUUCUAGCAUGUAA